AUCCUCGGGAGCGACAACCAGAAGGAAGAGCCACUGAACUGAGAAGCUACACAGCAUCACUGACACACGCAAUGGCAGAUGUCGCAACACCCGCAGAGAAGAAGGCUCCUCCCAAAUUCAAGCAGAGGACCACGCGCACCUUCAAGAGCAAGGCCCCCAAACCAGGCCAGAAGGGGUUCGGAGACGACAUCCCCGGCAUGGAGGGUCUGGGCACAGACAUCACCGUGGUCUGCCCAUGGGAGGCCUUCGGCGACAUGGAGCUCAGCGAUCUGGCAAAAUACGGAAUAGUUUAGCAGCUGCCCCUCUGCCUUCACCCCUCUUUGCCACCGACGUACCUCAUGUGCUUCUAUGGAUCCAGUUGACAGUCCUCGUAGGGAGACGGCAGAUUGUUGAGUUCAAACUGGAAUCAUCUGGACGCCCCUCUGGUUUUCUGCACUUUAUUUGCCCCUGCCUUUCCUCCAACCACCAUCACCUCUUCCUCUCUCCCUCAUCCUCCCAACCUUCCUGCCUCCUGAGAAAACUCAUUUCACUUCCAUGCCACUGUUGAAUCAACAAGUGGAGCAGGAUUUAUUUUAUAGCUAGUUCAGCUCUUCUGAUGUUGGAAUGUUGUCCACAGAGACUACUUUGUGUGAAGUAACAAAUCUGUUUUUAUGUACAAAUCUGUGACGCACGUCAGUCAACCCCAUCCUCCCUGUUCUCACCAUAGAACACAAUUCCACAAAAAAAUAAAGUUUGUUUAAAAAAAGAAAAAAAA